UUGAAAAAAAAAAAAAAAAAAAACCUCUAGUGCAAUCCGUCAGAUAGCACCGUUAAAUCAACCUGACUUUCUUUAAACGGAAAACAAUCAAAUCGCAGUAGCAUCACGUUUUUUAAACUCCCAAGAAACGCCAAAUCCAACUUACACUUUCUUGCGUUUCCGUCAUUUUCCCCAUACCUUCCCGUUUCUUAUUUUCUUCUUCCACCCACCAUCUUGUUCUCCAUCAUUCUGACUAUAAAUACACAAACUUUUAUAUCUCAAGUUCUUAAAUGAUCCUAUCUCCAUUUUUUGUUAAAAAGGCAUAAACUUUCAUUAGAGAUUUCUUUCUUUAUUUAUUUAUUUUUUCUUUUUAAGACAUGGCUGUUGAUCUCGAAUCUCUUUCAGAGGCUACUUCAGGUGCCAUUGGUUCUUUACUCAGUACAACGAUCUUGUACCCUCUUGAUACUUGUAAGACCAAAUAUCAAGCGGAGGUUCGUGCUCAUGGUCAGCGAAAAUAUAGGCACCUUUCUGAUGUUCUGUUUGAAGCGAUAUCCAAUGGACAAAUUCUUUCCCUUUACCAAGGCUUAGGGACAAAAAAUCUUCAGUCUUUCAUUUCACAAUUUGUUUACUUCUAUGGGUACAGCUACUUUAAAAGACUAUAUCUGGAAAAAAGUGGUUUCAAAAAAAUUGGAACAAAAGCAAACUUGGUACUUGCUGCUGCUGCUGGCGCUUGCACUGCCAUUGUGACUCAACCCUUAGAUACUGCCUCCUCAAGGAUGCAGACAAGUGCCUUUGGCAAAUCAAAAGGGCUCUGGCAGACUUUGACAGAGGGCAAUUGGGGCGACGCAUUUGAUGGCCUUGGCAUCUCUCUUUUGUUGACCUCUAAUCCUGCAAUUCAGUAUACAGUGUUUGAUCAGCUCAAACAAAGACUUCUCAAGGGAAAGCAGAAUACAGCAGACAGUAGUUCCUCUGUGGAAGCCCUUUCUGCAUUUUCAGCUUUUGUUUUGGGUGCAGUUUCAAAGAGUAUUGCUACUGUUAUUACUUACCCUGCAAUCAGGUGCAAGGUAAUGAUUCAAGCAGCAGACUCGGAUGACGAAAGUAAGAAAGGUAAAUCAAAAUCCAGGAAGACGGUGCCUGGAGUCGUCUGUGCAAUAUGGAAAAGGGAAGGAGUUUUGGGGUUUUUCAAGGGAUUGCAAGCUCAGAUCUUGAAGACUGUACUGAGCUCAGCAUUGCUUUUGAUGAUCAAAGAGAAAAUUUCCAGAAGUACUUGGGUUCUCAUACUUGCAAUCAGAAGGUACCUAUUGGUCCCAAGGAGCAGACUAAAAAGUGCCUGAUAGAAGUACAUCAUUGAUAGAAUGCUUUAUUUCUUUGUAAAUAGUGAGCUCUAUUUGAUAUCCGUAAAAUAGACAGGUUUUGUCAAAAAGCCAGGUUCAUUCCUCAAACAAGAAGGUUAAAUGGCAAAGAAUAAAUACUCCCAAGUUGGAAGGGUAACUGUUUUUUAGCAGGGAUACAAAAUUAGUCCUAGGAUAAACUAUAAUUUGUGAGAAAUAAUAUACUGCGAAAAUUCUUAGUCUGCAAA